UUCGGAACUUUUUUGCAGCGACCACUCAACAUAAACCACAACACAACAAGCAAACACUCCACUUCAGUAACCCUUCAAUCUCAAAACUUCUUUUACCCGAUUGCCUCUGUAUAAAUUUGGGUUCUUGCUGCUCUGGGAAGCUGAAUCGCAGCUCAUCAGAUCUUGGUUUGUUCUGGAGUGUUGUGUGAGUUUGGGAAUGCUGAAAAUUUCUUGAUAUCUCUACGUCGAGCAUGGGGGCAGAGCGACAUGGUUCCAAGAGGGGAGGAGGUUAUGUCGGUGGCUUCCUUCAGCUCUUUGACUGGAAUGCAAAAUCACGAAAGAAGUUGUUUUCGAGCAAGUCUGAUUCACCAGAGCAUUCCAAACAGAAAAAGAGAUGCGAUGGGAAUUUGCCAAUGACAAGAUACCAUCUGAUUGAUGAGGACGAGAUAAAUGCUAGUUCGAGCUUUAAAGGAAGUAGUAGCUAUAGCUGUGCCUCAUCGGUGACUGAUGAGGAAGAGUGCGGUGUCAAAGCUCCAGGGGUAGUAGCCCGGCUUAUGGGGUUGGAUCCAUUGCCUGCAUCGAACUUCUCAGAGUUUUACUCCACUCCGUUUUCGGAUACACAGUCUAGACAAGGGUCAUAUUGGCACUCAAGAAAUCUCGAGUACCAUCAUAGUCGCCAGUUAGUACAAUCAGAGGCCACUGCCAGGAGCGCAUUGGAUUCAAAGCAUCAGAAAGUGAUCAGCAGACCAAUUGAGAAGUUCCAAACCGAGGUUUUGCCUCCUAAAUCUGCUAAAUCAAUCCCGAUAACUCACCACAAGCUUUUGUCACCAAUCAAGAGUGCCACGUUUAUCCCGCCCGAGAAUGCUGCUCAUAUCAUGGAAGCAGCUGCUAGAAUAAUCGAGCCUGGUCCUCAUCAGGUUACAGCCAAAACAAGAAUGCCCUCGGUUGGGAGCUCUUCAGUUCCCCUAAAAGUAAAAGAUUUGAAAGAGAAAGUCGAAGCUUCUCAAAAACCAACUAGGCUUGGCGAAACUUCUCGGAGGCCAAGUGAAACUAAUGCCACAAAAUAUCUCAAGGCACAUUCCGCAAAUAGGUCCUCAAUCUCAAAUACAUCACGGGAGAGGGUUCCUUCAGACUCAGAAGAAAGUUUCGGUGGAACAAAAUCUAAAGGGAAGUCUAUUUCACUAGCACUACAAGCAAAGGCAAAUGUGCAAAAACGGGAGGGAUUGAAUCCUAGCGGAAGUGGAAAUUCUCUUGGCCAGAAAGAAUCGAGUGACAUAAUUUCAGACCAGUUUUUCAAAAGCCAGCCCGUUACACAAAGAAAUAUUCAUAAGAAACCAUCUGCUGUUAAUGCACCUAAUGUUCUCCGGCAGAACAAUCAAAAGCAGAACUGCUUUGCUGAUAGAGGAAAAUCACCAUCAAAGCCUCUUGUCUCUAGCUCACAAGGAAAGAGAACACUCAGCGGGGAUUCUUCUUUUUCUCGACAGAAAGGUUUGACUAAAAAUUCCGAAAACUCUAAACUUAGUUCAAGGAGGCUGAGUUUAGAACUGAACAAUGACAGAAAGGAAGAAGUAUUUUCCGGCAAAAAAAGUGUAGUGAGGAAAAAACGGCCUAUAGAUGGCGAUUUCCAUUCUGAUAAAAAUCCAAGUUUGGGUAAUGUGCCUAUUCAUAAAAGUGGAAAACUCUUUCAAUCUGGUGGAUUGAUGGACAGGGAAGGUAGCUGUGCUGAAAGCAGCAAAUGGAAAGGGACAGACAUAGUUUCGUUUACAUUCAAUGCUCCCUUGGCACGUUCUAUGGCCAGUGUUGACACCUCCAGAGGAAUGGAGAAAAAAUCUACUGAUUUUAAUGCAGAUUAUCGUAGUAAAAAGAUGCAUCAUUCCCCCGAUAGACUCAAUAGUUUGAAGUUACCAUUAGGGCAUGAUAGCAUUGGAGGUAAUGAUUUAAGCACUCUUUUGGAGCAAAAGCUUAGAGAACUUACCGAGAAAGUGGAACCUUCACCCCAGACAACUGGAAGAAUUGGUACUACUGUGUCAACCUUUCAAGUUCCGACACCUGGUCAGAGUGCCUUAACCCCGACAACCAUUUUGUAUGACAACAGUCAGCAAGAUGCAAUGGACAUCGACGAUCCAGUUAGCCAACAUCACUUUGUCUUUUCUUCUACCGAUUCUCAGGAACUGACUAUGAAGCACAAGCGACAGGCAGUUGAAGGAAUGGACCAGUAUAGCAGCAACAGGGGUGAAAUGAAAAAGUUGUUUGAUCGUCGAUUCCCAAGCCCAGUAUCUGUUCUUGAGCAUUCUUAUUUUUCUGAAAGUUGCAAUUAUUCAGAUACUGACAGUAAUACUACACCAAGUAGUAAGCAAAGUUCAUCAAUUCAAGCUCAAGAAGUGCUUGGCAUAAGCCCACUGAAGAGGUUCCAUUCGAGGGAAGCCGAUGCAGAGUUGCUGGACUCAGCUUCUUCGACUUCCAGUGUCAUUGAAGACGGAAAGCAUCGUAGCACUGUCUCCUCACUGCAUCUCGGGAAAUCAGCAGAAUGGGAGGUAGAAUACGUGAAGGAGAUUCUUAGUAAUAUUGACUUGAUGUUCGAGGGCUUUGCAACUGGCAGAGAUAGUAAGAUAAUAAGUCCUUGCCUUUUUGAUCAACUGGAAAGUAGAAAGGUGGAGAAUGGGUGGGGACGAGAGCAGAAACUACAACGAAAAGUUUUGUUUGAUUGUGUGAGUGAGUGGCUCGACUCAACGUGCACGAGUUAUGUGGCUGGUGGAUACGAGAUGUGGGUGAAGGGUGUGUCAGUGAUCACGAGAAAAGAGCGUUUGGCAGAGGAAGUGUACAGGGAAAUAUCGGGGUGGAGUUGCAUGAGAGACUCGAUGGUCGAUGAGCUCGUGGACAAGGACAUGAGCACCCAUCGCGGGAAAUGGAUGGACUUUGAAAUUGAAGCGUUCGAAUUGGGAUUACAGGUUGAAAACCGCCUGCUGAAUUCUUUACUCGAUGAAGUGAUCAGUGACUUACUGGUUCUUUGAAACUCGAGGAGCGUUUCUGCUUAGAUUGCCUGCCUCUCUGAUCGAAAGGGCUCUCAUCUUUCGACUUGAUGAUGAAGUGGUUAGUGACUUGCUGGUUCUUUGAAACUGAAGCAUUUCAGUUGGGAUUACAUGAUACAUACAGAUUUGCGCGCUUUCUCGUCAUCAACAAACUGGAAAUCUUGAUCCAAGUUUGCCUUGAUCUUCCUUGUUAAGUUGUUUUUGAUGGAAUUAAUGUUGCUGGACUGCAAAAUCCAGGAUACAUAUUCUUCCUGUCAUCCUGUGCUAUAUUCUUGGCCCCCCUUUAUUUCCCUGUUUUUUAAACCUCCUGCUUUAUACAUCAUCCAUCCAUCAUUCAUUGAUUUUGAUUUA